AUAGUCAAUGAUAAACUAGACCAAAAAAAUAUGAAGGGGAGAAAGUUCAGCAUAUAAUCUGAUUUAAAUGUAAAGUUGAGAACUUUGUAGUCUUGUGGUUUAACAUUUUGACCAAAGUCACCAAACCAGUGUAUAGUACAAGCACAAAGUAGAGUACAAGUACAAGCAUGUCAAUGAAAGACAUAUUGAUAAGUCUCCCAGUAUAUAUACAAACAUACCCUUAUGCUCAUUCUCACAAGUUAGAAAAAAUAAAUAGAGAUACUUCACUAGAGAGAGAGAGAGAGAGUAAAGAAUAAUCAGAAGACAAGAAAAGAAAGAGGAGUCUAAAUCUGUCUAAUGAUAUUGUUGACCAAUUAGUCCACUUAAUUAGACUCACACGGGAAGUGCAGGGAGAAAUCAUUUUUCUAAACUAGAUUUUUGGUUCCUGUUCUUCUAAAUUGAUUUAAGCUUUUGAUUUAGUGGAAGAUGCAAUAGGAACACCAUUCUUAUUCAUUAAUUUCCACCAUAUAUAUGCAUUAUCAUUUUUUCCACUCAGUUGGGUGGUUAAGUCUAAAAUCAUCUCUCUUUCUCCCUGAAUGAGUAAUAUUGUUUUCAUUAUACGGAAAAUGAUGGUACCAAACUCAAAAAGCUACCUAAGUAACCAAGUUUUAGUAUGCCAAGUAUCAUAUUUUGUCAGGAACGAAAUGGAUUUCAUGCCAUGGAUAACAACUGCUUGGAAGAGAAAGCACAUAAAAUCACUGUAUGAUCUUUUAUUUCAUUCAUGUUCAUAACAAAAUGAAUUUAUUAAAAGCAAUUAGAAAUCUUUAUGCUGAUUUUAUCAUUUUCUUAUUAAACAAAUAAUAGCCUAUUGUAAAGAAGCGGCAGUGUGGAACUAUUGGCCUCUUUCUGAUUGGAUAUUUAACAACUUGUCAACACCACUAAAAAGAUUGCUAACCUUUUCCCUCUCCCUUAGGGCUACUAAGUCUUUUCACAUUCAUAUCAUGUGUAUCCUAAAGGUUCAUCAUAUAAAUUAAUCAAGGAAAUACAAUUUAGGAUGUGCAAAUUUAAAAUUUUAAUGAGAUUUUGAUCAAGUAUGGUCAUCCUUGGUGGUGACUUUUUUAUUUUAUUUAACAGUUACUUUCAAAUCUUUAACAAUCAUAAGCAGUCAUAUAACACUAAUUUGUUUCAGCAGGGGCAGUUUAUAUGGAACAACCAUGAUAAUAUGCUAGAACACGUCGUAGUUGCAUAACCUUACUCUUACACACUCCUUAAUGCAAAUUAUUGGAUAAAAACCUGGUCCGUACUAUAACUUUUUCUGAAUGGUUAAGAUUGUGCACAUAUCUUACCUAGUUUAUGCAUCUUUUCCAAACACAACUUGUUCAUCUUUUUAACAGCUCUAUACAAUGAAUACAAAAUACUAACACCUUGAGCAUUUGUGCCACAUAAUUGGUGUGGGUAGAGUAAUAGCAGAUCUUGCUUUUCCUUGAGAUUACUAUUAAAGCUGUCAUUACCAAGACGAAAUAAACAACUAAUACCUAACCAUACUAAAAAAAACAGAAGUGGUUGCUGAUCAAAUAUUUGGCUUCUAGUUACUUAUAUUAUUGUUUAUGGAGGUCCCAGUAAGAGUGGCUCUUGAGUCAUCAAAUUCAUCAACCUUUCUUUCUUACUAUUAGAAAUGAGCUUGUCUUUCCCAAUCUCCUUUAUCUUCUAAAUUUCUUAUGUCAUUUAAGUGAACAUUAUCCAACAGAGAAUCAGCUUAGAAAUAACACAUUAUUAUACACUUACUAUACUAAAUUGACUUCUCAAACUCCCAUUUUUCUUCUGUGCCUGCUUUUGCCUAAACAGUCUGCUAGUUGAAUUAUUAUACUCCCCAUGAUAUGAACUGCCUGUGUCUAUCUGAUGUAAGCAUAUUUUGUCCAAAAUGAUUAUCCAUUAACCCAAGUUGCCUCCCUCAUGUUGCAUCACCCAUGUCUAUGUGCAGAAUGUCUUUCACACAUAGCUUGUUCAAUGAACCCAAUACCCCACAUAGCACAUGAACAGAGCAUGCAUGUCACAUCCACAAAUAAAUAAACACAACACAACAUUUUGCUUGUGUGGAUUAAUCUUUUUCAUUUUAGAAAACUUUUUGCAAAAUGCUCCAAAGAGAGUCUUUACUUUUUAGGUUAAAGGGUUUAUCUAUCUAUCUAUAUAUAUAUAAAAUAAACAUUAAGGUACAUUUGAGAUAAAUAACUUAAUUUAGUACUUAUUUGAUAAGAACUUAUUACAUAAAAGCUUAUUAACAAACUCGAAUGUGACACUUGCUACUUAACAAAGAGAACUUAUUUUGAUAUUUUUUGUAAGAAUCUUAUUUAUAAGUUAAAAAAAAAAAACUCAUAUAAAAGUUGAAUUAUUUUUAUAAGCUCUUUAUAAACUCAUACUCAAACAUUGCACGCAUAGACAAGGACAUAACUACAAUGCUAGUGUACUACAUUAACAUCUUGUUCUUGCGCAUGACAUUCCAUCAAUCUGUGCUUCAAAAAAACAAGGAAAAAAAAAAAAAAAACCCUCAAUACUAUUACUCUUGCCACAUUGAGUGGGGCCAUCUAACCAUUUUCCCUCCCUAUAUAUACUCAACUAACUCUUAUUUCCUUCAUCUCCAUAGAAACUAUUAUUUAUCCCUCAGUGUUAUCUCCCCAAAGCCUUGCAAUCUUUUGUUCAUAAAUUUCUACACCAUGCAAGCUAGGGAGAUUACAGGACUCAAUUAUUUACUCCCUUCAGACACUCCUCCUUAUCCAAGUCACUACACCAUGAUUCAGAACAACAUCCCCACAUUUCAAAUCCACAAACUCUCGAACCAAUUCUAUGGUUUCCAACACCAAAACCCUCCCCAACUACUUGCAGAAUUCAGCCCUCAGUCCUCAUGCAUAAGCAGCAACUCAACUUCUGAUGAAGCAGAUGAGCAACAACAAAGCCUCAUCAAUGAGAGGAAGCACAGAAGGAUGAUAUCAAACCGUGAAUCUGCACGCCGGUCACGGAUGAGGAAGCAAAAGCAUCUUGAUGAACUAUGGUCACAGGUUGUUUGGCUGAGGAAUGAAAAUCACCAACUAAUAGACAAGCUGAACCAUGUAUCAGAAUCACAUGACAGAGUUGCUCAAGAAAAUGUUCAACUGAGAGAGGAAGCUUCAGAACUUCGCCAAAUGCUAUGUGACAUGCAACUACACAGUCCAUGCCCCCCCUUGAGCCCCAUUGAAGAUGUUCCCACCACUUCUCCCUAUGUCAAAUCUGAUUCCUCAAACCAAUCAUCAUUCACAAGCUCUAUGGAACUUCUUGGUUAAAUUUGAAGAUAAAGCCAAAGUUUUUAUAUCUCUUCAAUUUUUCAUCUUUAAGUUCUUCUAUGUGUGUGUGAACUGUGCAAGUACAAAAUAGUACCAGUCUUUGCCUCCCUUUUGAGAUGUAUGAGGUGAAAACCAUAAACGGCAAUGACAUAUUUUGAAUUUUUAUUUUUAUCAUCAACUCACUAAUUUUGCCACUACCUUCUAAAUUCUAGUGAUAUGUUCUGAGCAAUAAGCAUUUAAAGUGGCUACAGAGCUACCUAUAAACCUGCUGGAUUAAUUGUUAGCACCAACUUCUUGUGCACUCAGCAGAUUAAAAAACACCAUCAUAAUUCUUGCCCAGAAAACAAUUUAGAAACCCUUUAACAUUCAUGACCUCAUCUUCCAGUUCCAGCAGUAACCACAACAACAAAAGUAACAACCAACAUGAAUUAUAUAAUUUCAAUAAAAACCAAAUAAAUUUUAACUUAUAUAUAAUAAUAAAGAAAAUAAGUAGCUAAAAGAAUUCUAUAAAUGUUAAGUCAAAAUAAAACUUAAUGUAUCCUUAAUGUAAAAUAAUAAUGUAAGAGAGAGGUUGAUAAGUGACAACAUUUUUUUAAGUAGUAUUAGAUAAAAUUUAUGUGGUGUCACUAGUUGAAUGUAAUUUUAGAAUUGUGCAAGUAAUUAUGUGAGGUGGAAUAUUGAGUGUAUGAGAGUUGGACAUGACGCAUAGAUAAAAGGGUGUGUGUAGUGGUUAUUGGGUGACGAUGGAAAAGGUUGUUGCUAAAAAAAGGGAAAACAUAUGGACAGGUUUUAUAGAGGUAGUAGCAUGCUUGACCAAAUAUUACUGGAAAUAACUAAAGCUUUGUUAAUUUACUCUCCAUAUAGGUUUGGACACGUUGUUGCAAAUAGAAGCUGUGCAUUUGCAUAAUGAUUCACCUUUGGCUUUCCUCUAGUUUGGCUCGACUAAGAAUAAUUCGUGGAAAUUAAUGUUAGAGUAACACCUUUCCUUUUGGAAUGUACUGUCAUUCUAUUAAUCAUCUGUUUAUCAACAUAUCAAAUUUGUUGUGUGAAUAUAAACGUCACGUUAAUUAGUCAUUUAAUACUAUAUCUUCAUCAUCAAAUUGAUUUUCAAGAAAAAAUUGACUUCAUUUGUUAUUACUAAAUGAAAAUAUUUCAUGUGCUUGAUAAUGGAAAACAGAUUAUACUAAUCAUAUAAAGAUGUUGAUUAAUAUACCAUUUAAUAUUGUUAAUGCAUCAUAAUUUUUAUAAAAAAAUUUGUAUUGAAGUCUUAACUUUUUUUCCAUAAGAAUUUAUAGUAUAAAUUUAACCAUAAAAUUUAUUGGAAUAAAUUUAAGAGAUUAUUUAAAAUAAAUUAUAAGACACUUAUUAAAUUAAGAUUAAAGAAAUUCUAAUUAUUAUAAAUUGUUUUCAUAAGCCACCCUUAAACUCUUUUCAAAUGCAUCCUAGUUAAAUUUUAGGUACUUUCAACUGCGAAAAUUGAUUACCAACUGAAUACAUUAAAUUUAUUAUGUAAGCAUGUCCUGAAUUCCUGAAAUUAUCCCAGUAAGAUAUAGCUGUAGAACCAGUAAAAUAAUCUAACUCAACCUUGAUUUAAUGUAAGAUUGCUCUUGUCACAAGUUACCCCAUCAAACAUGCUAAACCUUUUCUACUUUUGUAUUUGUAUAAGACAAAAGGUCAAGGUUGGUCCUGUCCUAUGAAAUUAUUAACAUAUGGGAUAGCUUAUAUAUUCCCUAAAAAUAUUCAAAAUACACCCAAACGGUUCAUACAAUUUGUUUUGACGGGUCUGGGAAUAAUUUUCUGAUCUAAAGUUCAAUUUUUUAUACACUAGUCUAGAAUAAUUGAAUGGGUCAAAGACUAAGAGGACUGUUUCAAAGAUAACUCGGUCCAAUUUUUAUUUAUUCUUUAAUUUAAAAUCAUAAAUAUCUUUUGUAAAAAGUAAUUUUGUUUAAAUCACUUGAAUCAACCAUUUUUGUUGAAUUUUUAAAAAAAUUAUUGGUGUAAUAAUAGGUUUUUCAAUGGACAGGUACUACUUGAGUCAAGUUUAACACUCUACUUUUAACAGGGAGAAAAAGAAUAAUCUUGUGUUCUUAAUUUUUAUGAUUGCAAUCCAAUCCUAGUAAUUUGAUUCCACACUGUGCAAAGAAAAUGCUUCUAAGAAGAUAUUUCAAAACACAAAAAUUCUAAACCUCCAAAUUUUUUUAUGCUAGGUAUUUGAUUUCUUUUCUGUUUUU